UGAUGAGAAAAAUAUCAAAGCUAAAAAUAAUAAUAAUAUUGAAAAAUCUGAAAAAGAAAUGAGUUCUAGUAGUGUAGCGAUUACUACUCAAAGCAAUCAAUAACAAGAUUAAUGGAAACAAAUAAAUAUAUAAUGUGAAAUCGAGAAAGCAAACAAAAAAAUGCCAUCUAAAAACAAAACGCAUUCUCUUUAUAAUAUAGAAAACAUUACUACAAUUUUACCUGAAGAAAUAGUUGAAUAAUCAAAACAUUAAAUUAUUAAGAUAUGUUUAACAGGAGGCCCUUGUGCAGGUAAAACUUCUGGUCUAGCAUUUUUGAGUGAAAAACUAAAAGAUGAUGACUUUAAAGUUUAUUUGAUUCCAGAAGCAGCGACCUUAAUUUCCACAGGAGGGGGAAUGCUAGAAUAAUCAAAUUAUACAGAUGAAUAAAUAAUUAAUUUUUAAAAAAUUCUAAUGAGAAUUUAAAUGUCUUUAGAAGAUUAAUUUUAUUAGUUAGCAGAAAUGUCAGGAAAAUAAUCAAUUUUGAUUUGUGAUAGAGGUUUAUUAGAUGGAAAAGCAUUUCUUUAAUAAAAAUAAUGGUAUAAAAUAUUAAAAGAAAUGAAUGUUUCUGAAUAAGAAAUUCGAGAUAAACGAUACGAUUCUGUUUUUCAUUUAGUUACAGCUGCAAAUGGGGCAUCUGAUUAUUAUAUUAUGGAUGGUGCACGUUUUUAAAAUAAAGAUUAAGCAAUUGAAAUUGAUAAAAAAUUUUAAAAGGCAUGGAUGGGACAUUAAAAAUUGGAAAUUAUUGAUAAUAUAACUGUAAAUAGCUUUUAAGAAAAACUGUAAAAACUUCUAUAUUUAAUAAGAAAAAGUAGCGGUAUUCCUGUCAAAGGACCAAAAUUAUACAAAAGACUUGUUAUUGUUAAUCCAGAAAAUCACCCUAAUUUACCGUCUUAUUUAUAAUAUGAAAGUUUUGAAAUUGAAGAUAUAUUUUUGUAUAACUAAGAAUAUAAUGAAAAUAAAGGUAAAUUAACAAAGAUUAGAAAAAGAAUUUAAAAUAAUGAAUACAUUUAUAUUUGCUCAGAAAAUCAUAUUAUUAAUGGUAAAUAAACUAUGUAUUAUAAAAAAAGAUUGAACUUUAGAGAAUAUGAACUUAUUAAGGAUCGUCAAGAUACUAAAAGAAGUACCAUUAGAAAAAAUAGAAGAUAAUUUGUGCAUAAUGGAUGUUUUUAUGCUCUUGAUAAAUUUAAAGAAUUUGACAUGUGUAUUUUGAGAAUCAAAAAUAUAUCUGAUAAUAAUAUUGCUAAUAUAAUUCCCGAAUUCCUUACUAUUGAUGCAGAUGUAACUGAUAAUAAAGAGUUUAGAUCAAUUAAUCUUUCUUUAAAAUCUUCACCUUUGAGAAACGCAGAUUUUUUAAAAUAAGUUGUUUAUUAAAUUAAAGAAUAAUAAAAAUGA